AUGGCUGGACCUGUCCCAUACGCCCGUUCGCUGCAGGACAUCUACAACCAAGAUGCCCUUGCGUCGCAAGGCGUGCGAUGGAACCACCUACUAUCCAGGUUCCAGUCCAUCUACGGCCACCAAGCCGACUUCGUGUCGAGGUCUCCGGGCCGCGUGAACAUCAUCGGCGAGCACAUCGACUACUCUCUGUACUCGGUGCUGCCUAUGGCCAUCACUGCCGAUGCCCUCCUCGCCGUCUCGACCGACACCAAGCCGACCAAGGAGAGCGCUUUCAAGGUCCAGAUUGCCAAUGUGCAGGAUGCCAAAUUCCCGUCUCACGAGUUCGAAAUCCCCUACGAUGCCGUGGACAUCGAUGCCACUGUGCAUGAGUGGACGAACUACUUCAAGUCCGGCCUGCGCGGCGCCCUGGAGCUGCUGAGGAGGAAGCACGGUGCAGACUUCAAGCUUAAGAGCAUGCAGAUCCUCAUGGAUGGCACCGUCCCCGCCGGCGGAGGUUUGAGCUCAAGUGCCGCCUUUGUCAGCGCAAGUGCGCUGGCCGUCAUGAUCGCCAAUGGCGAGACGGAGGUGGACAAAACCGAGCUGACGGAGCUCGCCAUCGUCAGCGAGAGAGCCGUGGGUGUCAAUUCUGGAGGAAUGGACCAGUCCGCCUCCGUUUUCUCAGAGCGUGGCUCUGCCCUAUUCGUCUCCUUCUCCCCGAAGCUCACCGCGCGGCCGGUCUACUUCCCCAAGACCGAUCCCGAACUCACCUUCCUCAUUGCCCAGUCCUUCGUUGCGGCCGACAAGCACGUCACCGGGCCGAUCCACUACAACCUGCGGGUGGUGGAGUGCAGCCUCGCCGCCGCCUACCUCAACGCCGUCCUAAACCCGCCUGGCACACAGCUCCCAGGCGAUUCUGCACCGCUCGGCAUCAGCCUCCACGGCUUCCACGAGACGUACUUCGCCCUCCAGGAGCACUCCUCCGCGACGACGGCCCGCAAGACCGAGUCCGAGCAGCUGGAGGAGCUCGUCCGCCUGGCCGAGCAGACACUGACCAAGGAAGAAGGCUAUACGCGCGAGGAGAUCGCCGCCGCCCUCAACAUCAGCGUCGACGAGCUGGACGCCCGCUUCACCUCUCGCUUCCCCGUGCGCGCCUCGCGCUUCAAGCUGCGCCAGCGCGCCCAGCACGUCUUCGGCGAGGCGCUGCGCGUCCUGCGGUUCCUCGACCAGCUCGAGGGCGGCCACGGCGGCGCGUCGGCCGGCGGCGGCGGUACAGCCGAGUACAACGCGCGGCUCGGCGCCCUGCUCAACGACACGCAGGACUCGUGCCGCGACGCCUACGAGUGCAGCUGCCCCGAGAUCGACGAGCUGUGCGCCAUCGCCCGGCGCGCCGGCAGCUACGGCAGCCGCCUGACGGGCGCCGGCUGGGGCGGGUGCAGCGUGCACCUCGUGCCGGCCGACAGGGUCGCCGCCGUCAGAGAGGCUUGGGCGGCCGAGUACUACGCCAAGAUGGACCUGACCGAUGAGCAGAAGGAGGCCGCCGUCGUGGUGAGCCGCCCCGGGAACGGGAGCGCCGUGUAUCUUGUCGGCGAGGGCGAUUUGGCUUGA